CGCAUUUUGUUUGUUAAAUUGAAGCAAAAUGUGACUGAAAAGUUUUAUCCAUUCAUUUUAUUAGUUAUAUAAUAUUUAUACUAAAACAAUGAGACUCCGAAGUAAUCGAAAUACUGAGGAGCCGCAUGCUGCCUCGGGGCAGUAUCCUCGUACUACUGUGCAACCGCGAAGAACUGAAGGACGAAGAAUGAAAAGAGCAGCACCUGCCAAUCGGGAUGAAAAGUCGGCAAAACGAAAGGUGCAGGAUUUGAGUGCACCGACAACUUCCGGCUGUAGCUCAACGGCUCAUCAUCAUCAGCAGCAACAACAGUCACUGCAUCUUCCUGUCAACGGCGACAAUAAUGCACAGUUGGUGAAGCGUAAAAACAAUAAAUCGAGUAGGGAAAAAACUGACAAGACGCAAGAGGACAUUGUUCAGGAGGAUAUCAGUUCAAUUCCAAACCAUAUUCUGAUCUCAAUUUUUACGCUAUUACCAAUUGUGGAUCGCAUAAGGAUAGAGCGGGUUUGUCGCCGAUGGCGUCAUAUUGCCAAGAAUUAUUCGUGGGCAAUGACAACCGAAUUCUCCUACUCAUCACUCAUUGGUGAUAAGGAAUGUUCGCUGCCCUGCUUGGUUGAACGUCCAUCGGUUGGCAACAAAGAAAUAAAGUCUUUGGCACAGCGCUGUGGUGAGCAUUUGCUUGAGAUGGAUUUACAUGCAUUCAGAGAUACAUUAACGUAUAAUGUUUGCAUGUGCUUUCGCCGUAUAUUGUCCAAAUUUGACUGUUCUGAAUAUAGUGCAUAUUUUGUUUUACAUUCUUCUCAGGAAAGCGUUGUGGAACGAGGACUUACAUCCUUUUUUUCUAAGUGCCAAAAUUUGAAAGAUGUUGACGUAGGUGAGAAUGAGCGUCUUACUGGACUUCCAUCGUUUACCGUGUUGCCGCGAUCCAUCGUCAAUUUAAAAAUCUGUGGAUGCUUUCGGUUGACUGCAGCGUCACUGUUCGCUAUAAGAGAUAGGUGCCCGGAUCUAGUUGCUCUGACGAUGAAUAGUGUUGACAACAUAUCGCCUACUCAUUUGAACAGCUUUUUUGCUUCACUUCCCAAGUUGGAGUUGCUCAAAUUCGGUGAAUGUUAUGUUUCGCAUACGCUUGGAGGAAUUGAGAUAAAUUUCAGUCUGAUGAAGAACCUGACUGAACUGACUGUUUAUGACAACUUGCUGAUGACAGAUGAGGUUUUGCGAAAUACAGUAAUUGGAUGCAAGCAACUGAAGUAUGUUGAUUUGAGUGGUUGCAGUCGUUUUGUUAGUAAUGUUGGGCUACGUGAGCUUGCAAAACUACCAUACCUCAGUCACUUGAACUUGUCUUACAUGAGAGUGGUAGAUGAUCAGACGAUCCGAAUAAUCGCAGAGAAAGGCACUUUACAGACUGUGCUUCUGCAUCGAUGUGACGAGAUCUCUGAUGAAGCAAUCAAAAUGCUGCUGAAACACUGUCCGUUUUUAACUGCGCUUGAUAUUUCAUUCUGUCCAAAAGUUACUGAUGAGUCAAUGGAAGGGAUGGUCAACUAUGUAUUAAAACGACAAGAAAGAGAGGCAUUGCUCCCAACAUCGAGCAGAGGACACACAACACCCCUGACGGAAGUAGUGACGAAAAUGAGACGGCAUGAUCGAAGUUUGCAGGCUUUGAUGGAUGCUGAUUUUGAGCGUCAUCUGAUGCGCUUCGAGAAUUUUCGCUAUCGUUUCGGGAACACAUCGGAUUAUUCAACGAAUCCGUUGUAUGACAUCCGUCAUAUGAGACGCUAUAAACCGAAUCCAGAUGGGUUCACUGAACUACAUGUAUGGACCGCCCAUAGUAGCAUAACUCGACCAUAUCCAAGGACACAUCCACUGUUAAAAGUAGAUGAUCGCGACUCGAUUGCGGAGCAAAGCUCAUCCAUUUUUGAAUUCAGUGUUGUGAUUAGAAUAAACUAG